AUGCCUUCCUUUGCCAUUGAAGUUGAAGGAGAAACCAACCCAUUGAACAGGCAGGCUGUCAUCUCCACCCUUGCAAAUGCUUCCAGAGGUUUCCCGACCCCGCAAGCACUGAAAGCUGCCACCCAACAGAUUGGUAAUUGGGAGAAGACUCCUGGCUAUUACGCACUUCUUCAGGAUGUCUACGCUGAUUUCUCUCUUGACGAAGCUGUCCGGUUUCAAGCGAUCAUUCAAUUGAAGAAUGGAAUCGAUAAAUACUGGAGGAAAACAGCAACUAACACCAUAGCCAAGCCUGAGAAGGAUCAGAUCAGAUCUAGAUCCAUUGAUGCUGGUGUCAAAGAACCGAUUUCUGCCCUCUCUCUUCACAAUGCUCUCAUGUUGGCGAAGAUCGUUCGAUACGAGUUUCCUCAUGAUUGGCCAGAUGUUAUUCCAGUCAUUAUUCAACACCUUCGUAAUACAAGCCAGGACCCUAAUGCAACUCUGUACACCUCAAAUAUCUUGACUAUUACUCUGCAGGUGAUUAAAGAGCUCGCUUCAGGAAGACUGCAGAGAACGAAAAAGAGCCUCCAACAAGUGGCCUCGGAACUCUUGCAAGUCCUUGGCAGCCUUUACAUCAGCCUGGUUUCGAGGUGGCAUUUAAAUCAGACUCAGGCUGAUAUGACAAGUGCUCUCAAUAGCCAUUCUGCACUGAAGACACUCAGAAGAUUGCUCGUUGUUGGAUUCGAGAGUCCCCAUCGUGAGGAAGAUGUCCGACAGUUUUGGGCCCUCCUCCAGACCCAGCAAGAUGCCUUUUGGACCUCUUAUAAUCGCACUUCCUCCGCCGAACUCAAGACAGUCUUCAUGAAGCACCUUCUGCAGCUAUCUAAGCUCUACUUAGACAUGGCUCGCAACCACCCAGCCUCUUUUGUGCUACUGGGCUGUAUGGACAUCCUUAAUCAUUCCUGGAACAUUAUCAACCAGACUGACGCCAAGUCCGCGCUGAACGGCAACUUUGAUUGGAAUGUAUACCGGAAUGGCGACAACACUGAAGAGUCACCUACAGAAAAGCUCGCGCUCAAAGCACUCCUCUUGUUUCGGGCUUGUCUGAAAAUGGUUUUCAACCCGGUGCAGACCUUCAAAUAUCAGACACCACAAGACAAAGAUGACAGAAAGAAUGCAGUAGACCACAUCAAGGAUACGGUCCUCACAAACGACUUCGUGCUCCGCCUCAUGGAGUUGUUGGUCACAAGAUACUUCGUCUUGCGACCAUCAGACUUACGAGAUUGGGAGGAAGAGCCUGACGAGUGGGAACGGAGAGAAGAAGAAAUUGCAGAUGCUUGGGAAUUUUCAAUUCGAUCUUGUUCUGAGAAACUCUUUCUCGAUCUGGUCAUCAAUUUCAAGGAACUCCUCGUUCCUCGAUUGUUGGAUGUGUUCCAACAGUACGCAACGACUUCAAGCAACAAUGUUUUGCUCAAGGAUAGCCUGUAUUCAGCCAUUGGCAUCGCGGCGGCUUGCAUUGAAGAUGUGCUCGAUUUUAACGCUUUCCUAAGAACAACAUUGGUGCCUGAGGUACAAAUGGUCCAGCCCAAUUACAACCUUCUGCGGCGUCGUACUGCAAUCCUUCUCGGGCAGUGGGUUCCGAUCAAACCUGAAACUCUCGACCGAGUGGCAGUCUACCAAAUCUUCACGCACCUACUUACAAGUGAUGAGCAAUUGAACGAUCAGGUGGUACAAGUUACAGCCGGUAGACAACUGAGAAUGGUGCUUGAUCCUUUCGAAUUCAACUACAAUGAUUUCCAACCAUACGCAACACCACUGCUUUCAAGCCUCAUGGCGCUGAUAGCAAGGACCGAAUUAUCUGAAACCAAAAUGGCUUUACUGGAGACUGUUAGAGUUGCAGUCACGAAACUCGAAGGUCACAUCGAACCUUACGCACAGGGUAUUAUGUCCAUGCUGCCCCAACUUUGGGCUGAAUCUGGAGAAGAACAUCUUAUGAAACAAGCAAUUCUUACCAUGAUCACAGCGAUAGUCACCAGCCUCGGCCAAAAGAGUCUUUCUUAUCAUGCAUCUGUCCUGCCCAUUAUCCAUGACUCUAUCCAGCCGGACUCUGAGGCUAUCGUCUACCUCUUAGAGGAUUCUCUCGACUUGUGGGCAGCUAUUCUACAGCAAACUCCUUCAGAUGCUCCUUCGGAGGGUCUUUUGGCAUUGUCUCAGUCCAUUCUACCACUCUUGGAAACAGGGAGUGAGCUCUUGAGACAGAUAUUUGAGAUUGUAGAAUCGUAUACGAUAUUAUCGCCGACAACGGUCUUGUCUUCUCAAUUUCUCAAUCCACUCCUCACAUCCAUGAAGUCUCUCCUGGCAAUGCUGUCUUCAAGUCGAGCUAGAGACUCGUCACAUGCGCCACAUGUUCUUGAGAAUCUGAUUGCAACGAUAGCUGCAGAAACAGAACAAACCCUUCCUUCGCGCGAAGCAUUAAAUCACCUUCUCACCUCGAUGCUCAAUUCCGGGUAUCUGGCUGCUGUUUUGGAAAUCCUCAAAGAGGCUUAUGAAUAUCACCAAGACCCACGGCCGAAUCGAAAACCUCCCGACAUCAUCGGGCCAGGAGAAUCCAGUCUCUUCACCUUGAUAUCACGAUUGGUCUUACUCUCUCCAGACGCGACAAUUCAGGCAAUCUCCGCCACCAACAUCGUUUCCUCGACCUCUCUCUCGACCCCAGCAUGGCUUGUGACAGAAUGGCUCGCGCAGAUCGACAAUAUCGGCGACGUUCUACGCAAAAAGUUACAUGUGCUCGCCCUGACCAACCUGCUGAACGCCGGUACACCACCGGUCCCUCAGUUGGUGCUCGAAAACAUCCAAUCAUUCUUGACGACGUGGACUGACAUAGCGGUGGAGCUAGGAGAAGAGGCAUCCGAAGAGAGCAUGGGAGACUACCUCUGGCAUAACAGGCCGGCGACAGAUGUGCCCGACUGGCCGGAUGCGACGCCCGAGGACGGCCGCAAGAGAGUCUUGAGUAACAAGGACCCCAUCUACAUGAUGAACAUCCGUGACUUCAUCGCUGAGAGAUUGAAAGGUUUGAUGGAGAGAGUCGGGGGUGUCGAAAUGUUUGAGCGCGAGUGGUUGAGUAGAGUCGACACCGCGGUCGUCAAAGCCUUUGUCGAUUUGAAGGUGCUCUGA